CGUCACACGUACACGUGCUUUGCUUAUGAGUUCCGACGAAUCAUUCGACCGAGACGGUGACGGACGUGUUUCGGUUCGGGUGCUUUCCAUUGUAUAUUUUUGAAAGUGUUGCCGACUUUGACUGUGCAUUGCGUCACACAGACGUGAUCUGGCCGUGUAUCGACCUCCUAUUUAAUUGUUUGGAGACUUGGAGGCGGGAGCCAUUAUUUAAGGAAGAAGAAAAAGAAGAGCUUUGCUUGUGUGUGCUACCAAUUGCGCCAAAAUGACUAUCGGCAAGAACAAUAAGAUGCUACAGCAUAUAAACUAUAGGGUUAGGAUCAUUCUACAAGAUUCUAGAACAUUUAUAGGUACAUUUAAGGCCUUUGACAAACAUAUGAAUCUGAUACUUGGUGACUGUGAGGAGUUUCGUAAGAUUAAGCCGAAAAAUACAAAGCAACCAGAGAGAGAAGAGAAACGUGUGCUAGGCUUUGUGCUUCUACGCGGCGAGAAUAUUGUUUCUUUGACGGUAGAAGGUCCACCGCCUCCUGAAGAAGGAUUGCCUAGAGUACCAAUCCCAGGAGCUGCACCAGGACCAGGUAUGGCUCGUGCUGCUGGCAGAGGUAUGCCAGCAAAUGUUGCAGGAGUACCAGCUGGACUUCAGGGACCAGUCAGAGGUGUCGGAGGCCCAUCCCAACAAAUCAUGACACCUGGCAGUAGAGGUCAAGUCUCGGCACCUCCUCAAAUACAUCCUGGCGGUCCACCACGUAUGCCAGUUGGUGGACCGCCACCAGGUAUGAUGGGACCACCAGCUGGAAUGAUGGGUAUGCCACCCGGAAUGCCACCUAUAGGACGUGGUGGUCCACCGAUGGGACCACCUGGCAUGAGAGGCCCGCCUCCAGGUUUGAUGCGCGGUGGCCCACCUCGUCCAUAUUAGUUACCAUAUUAUUAAAAGAUAUUUUAUAAUAAUAUUGUUACGCUCUAACGGAUUCACUCAAGCCAAUCCGACGUAACAAAAUAAUCAAGGACAAGAAAUUCUUUUGUAAUAUUAAUAUACUAUACAUUUCAGUUCUUGUAAAAUUCUUGUG